GUCUAUCAUUGAUUCAGCCCUUUUGAAGAGUGAGAAAACGUAAGGGUGGCAUGUUUUCCUAAGUGUAUUAACUUAUCCCGGGAAUGCCAUCAGAAGUUAGAUUGAACGUUGAAAGAAAGCCAUAGAACGUCUGAAAGAACCGGGCGUAAUUAAUUCACCCCCCCCCACCACCGCGAUCACGCAUAAAUACACAGGCACGUUGUAUUCCUUCUGUGCGCUCUCUUCCUCUCACCUCAUCCCUUCGCUUGUGGACUUCAAUGCACAACACAUCAGCUGUAUGUGACCAGUGGAGCUAAGGAGUGGUGACCCAGAACUGGAUUGACAGCCAGGAGGACCAACCCAAAGUGAACUCCCUGGCCCAGUGUCAAGACACCUUUAUGAUUCUUCCACAGACUGUAUGACCGAGGUUGUGAGUAGACUCUCUGGGGGCUUCUGCUGAAAGGUCUCAGUCCACAACCAUGACACAGUCUGUGCAGGUCAACCCCAAGUUGCCUGAUCUGGGCGCACCGUUUCUAUUCUCCAGUCAGGAAGAGGCGGAUCAACAGGGCUCUUAUUCGGUCCAAACUCCAUAUGGCUUCCAGCUGGACCUGGACUUCCUCAAGUAUGUGGAGGAGAUAGAAAGCGGCCACCACGUCCGCCGGGCACCCGUCAACUCUCGCAGGUCAUCCCGGGGGGUCAAAGCCUCCCAGCGGAGCCCGAAUGUGGGGGGAAGAGCCAGCGGCUGGACCUCAACAGAGUCCCUCUCCUCACCCGCCAGCGAAGAUGGUCGUGCGCCCCCUCCUCCACCACCACGGAAUCGCAUCGGCUCUGCUCCCAGUGAGGGGCAACCCCUGUCCCCGCUAUCUGUCCUUAGCCUCCCCCUCUCUGCUGGCGCCAAAGUGCCACCACCACCUCCGCUACGUAACCCCAGGGUAGAGAGGACCCUCCUGGAGACCAGCCUGCGACUGCAGCAGGAGCAGAGCCACCAGCACCAAAAUGGCACCUGUUUCCAGCUCUCUGACCCACCAAAGCAAAGCCCCAGGGCUGUGACGACUCAUGUUACCCCAGCUAGUGCAGCAUCCACAGUAGAUGACCAGCCCUUGCACCUCUUCUCUGCCACCCCCAGCCCAUCUCAGAGUAGCCUGACCAGACCCAGUCCCCACUCCUCCGGUAGGAGCACCCCGGCUUCUAGCACCGGAAUGGCUACUUUGCCUCCUAGCCAAUUGCAGACUGUGAGAGAGCAGAUGGCCACUGCCCUGAGGCAACUGAAGGAGAUGGAGGAGAGAGUGAAGGGCGUCCCAGUGCUGGAGAGAGAGGUGGCCAAGCUACGGGCUGAGAAAGAUAUGCUCCUACUGGCACUGCAGGAGAAGAAGAACUUGGCGGCCCAACAACAGGCUACAACAGUAGUGAGCAGUACUACCACCACAACGGUGGACGCAGGCACACAGAGUCAGGAACGUCCUCCGUUUUCCCCCAAGAGUCCCAGAAGUCCCAAGAGUCCAAGCAAAAUAGGGGACCUCAGAAAGCUGACUGAGAAGUUCGAAGGCAAGACAGGGAAAGAUGGAGCACAUUCUGAGAAGGUUGUGGAGAAGAGGUCUGUGGCCGUCGGGGAUGACAUGUUGCUGGACGCCGGAGUCUUCUACUACAGCCAAGGUUCCAAGGAUGCCUCAGAGGGCACGCCUCAGGUGGAUGUCUGCGAGAAAGGUGUGGCCACGGAGGCACCAGCCUUCCGUGAGGAGUGGGUGCAGGCUGGGGUGGAGACAGAGGAGGCCUCGGUUUGGGUGAUGGAAUCCCAGCUGGGGCUGAGCAGUGAGGCCCAGAGGGAGAUUGACACCCUACAGGACACCAUCAAGUUCCAGCAGGAGUCCAUCUUGGCUCUGGAGGGGCGACUCGGCCAGGCUGACGAGGACCUGGCGGUGCUCAAAGCCCAGGAGGAUGAGAGGAAAUCCAAAGCAACGUCCGAGAAGGCGGUCCUUGCCAAACCAGACUCAGCCCAUGCCCAAGUGGGGACCGAAGCUUCUACAACAUCCACGCCAGCUUCACAGCAUGUCGCAGUCUCCUGUUGUCCUGAGGUGGUUGACGCUUGUGUAGGUGAAGAUUUGAGAGCCGUACAUUACGACCAGAGCACUCAGACUGACUCUGUGGAGAGCCCUGCAGAAGAGGAACUAACCCCAGUAGCACUGGUCAGCACUGGAAGUCAAUGGGAGAAUCUGUACGAGGAUGAGAAUAUAGAGCAGAAAGCUCCAGUCACUGCGCUGAAGAAGAGACAGAUGACCAUUGCGGAGUACAAGGUCACCCCUGGCGAGGAGACGGUCAGUUUAGCCGAAGGAAAGGGAGGGAAAGAGGAGGAAACGGCGCCCAGGACACCCACAACUCCAACAAUGGUUGAAAGUAUGCUGAAGUCCAUCAUGAAGAAGAAGGAUGGGAGUAGUUCCGGUGACUCACGUAGCAGCGGCAAGAAGAGCUUGCAGUUUGUUGGCAUUCUCAACGGGGGAUAUGAGUCGACAUCUAGUGAAGAGGAGGAAGAGGGGAGUUCCUCGGGCGACAGUGAAGUGGAUGAUUGCUCGGACAGUAGUGAUGGCGAAGAUGGAGAGGCAGCUCUGGAGGAGACCUCCGAUGAAGAGAGGAACAUUAAUAUGGAUGACACCGAUAGUGAUGAUAUGGCCUUAGCAGCAGGGACUGAAGCCACUGAGGACAGUCCAGAUGCAGUGAAAGAGAAAUUUGAGCUGAGUGCAAAAAUGCAUGAGGCUUCUCUCAUUCUGAAGAACCACCUGAAUGAUGUCAAACCACUGAAGAGUAAAGAAGUGCUCUCCAGCACUCAUACUGUGCAGCUGGAAUGGUUCCGCAUCUCUAGUGCAAAGAUGGCCCAGGCGCCCCGUGUCUCAGACUACCUGAUGGCCUUCACUGAGGUCUCCUCUGCCCUGCUGGCCCACGUCAUCAACAUGACUGAUGGCAAUGGUAACACGGCCUUGCACUACAGCGUCUCCCACUCCAAUUUCACAGUGGUGGGGCUACUACUGGACACAGGCAUGUGUUGUGUAGAUAAGCAGAACAAGGCAGGGUACACUGCUAUUAUGCUGGCGGCCCUCUCAUCUGUGAAAGAGGAGGAUGACAUGGUGGUGGUCAGGAAGCUCUUCAGUCAGGGCAACGUCAACGCCAAGGCCAGCCAGGCUGGCCAGACAGCGCUGAUGUUAGCCGUUAGCCAUGGACGGCAGGAGAUGGUGCGGGCGCUGCUGGACUGCGGGGCUGAAGUGAACGUGAAGGAUGACGAGGGCUCCACGGCGCUCAUGUGCGCCAGCGAGCAUGGCCGCGCCGAGAUUGUCUCGCUGCUCCUGGAUCAGCCGGGCUGUGACAUCUCCAUCGUGGACAAUGACGGCAGUAAUGCGCUUUCCAUCGCCCUGGAGGCCUCUCACAAUGACACAGCUGUGCUGCUCUACGCCCACAUGAACUACACCAAAGCCCAGGCAGCUGGGACAAACAAGUCGAAGCCCCACUAGUCCUCAAAAGACAUGGUCUGCUGCGGAGUGAUUGGCCACCAAGAUGGAAAAACAAACAUAACUGGACAUAAGCGUUGAAAAAGCUCCACUGGAAUACUGCCGCUGUCUAUAUAUGUAUUUAUAUCAUGGCAUACGUUAUUCAUUUGUAUUGUUAAUAUAAGAUUGUUAUUUUUCCAUACAUUUCAUUACUAUAUACGAUACUAAUCUGCAUUUGCAACAUUUCUAAUUCAAGGUCUGAGGCAUUUAGUUUUCUAUGAUACAGUAAAGCGGACCUCACAUUUAUUUGCACUCAUUUACUGUGUUGAGGUUUAGUUCCCCUCACUCUUUAACUACCUUCUCAAUCUUCAUGCCAACGUCUUUCAACUCUGCACUAACUGUCUAUGCCUUGUAUAUUCAUGUAUUGAUUUUCAUGUAAAAAAAUAAACAUAUUUACAUAA